UGUUUGUAUCCCCCUAAAAAAUGUGGUAGACACAGUUUCAUAUACUUUUGUUCUUUCUCUCUCUCCUUCCCUCUUUCUCGUGAAUUUUUGGAUAAAUUUUCUGUUUGUAUCUUUAAAAAAAAAUCUGUUUGAAAGGUUCUGAAAAAGUAUAUUUUUUUAGAAAAAUAAAAUAAAAUAAAUAUUGUUCCCUUUUGCUCGUUCCUCUCUCUCGGUUUCUGUUUGUGUGUGUCGUAACAAAAGAGGAACACAAGCAGAAGUCUAAUAUCAUAGGAAAAACCAAAAAGUAAACAGAGAAAAAAAAAACAUCUAGUGCAAGCAGAGAAUGAAUGGAGUGACACAGUUUGAACAAGGUGACUCUGAGUUUGUUGAAGUUGAUCUAACUGUACAAUGAAAUCCUUGGUAAAGGAGCUUCAAAGACAGUAUAUAGAGCAUUUGAUGUGUAUCAAGGGAUUGAAGUUGCUUGGAAUCAGGUCAAGCUUUAUGAUUUCCUUCAAAGUCCUGAAGAUCUUGAGAGGCUUUACUGUGAAAUUCAUCUCUUGAAAACAUUGAAGCACAAAAACAUUAUGAAAUUUUACACCUCUUGGGUUGAUACUGCUAAUAGGAACAUUAACUUUGUCACUGAAAUGUUCACCUCUGGUACACUUAGACAGUAAGUUCCAACUACUUUCCUUCCUUCUAUAUUUAUCUGUGCACUUUAGAUCUUGUAUUGUUUCUUCAUCUUUAGGGAUAUCACUUGUUUCGAUUGUUGAAUAGGUAUAGGCUAAAGCACAAGAGAGUUAACAUCAGAGCAGUGAAGCAUUGGUGCAUACAGAUCCUGAGAGGACUUCUCUACCUACAUAGUCAUGACCCACCAGUGAUCCAUAGAGAUCUCAAAUGUGACAACAUUUUUGUCAAUGGAAAUCAAGGUGAAGUCAAAAUUGGGGAUCUUGGCCUUGCAGCAAUUCUUCGGAAAUCACAUGCUGCUCAUUGUGUAGUAGCGCUUCUUUUACUGUAAUUGGACAAGGAUCGGUGAUUCUAGUUGGACGGACAUUCAUCGGUUACGCUUCUGUUUACGUAGGAACGCCUGAAUUCAUGGCGCCAGAAGUUUAUGAAGAGGCAUACAAUGAACUAGUUGACAUAUAUUCCUUUGGGAUGUGCAUAUUAGAGAUGGUCACAUUUGAAUAUCCUUAUAGUGAAUGUACUCAUCCAGCUCAAAUCUACAAGAAAGUUAUUUCAGGGAAAAAGCCAGACGCUUUGUAUAAAGUUAAGGAUCCAGAAGUGCGACAAUUUGUCGAGAAAUGCUUGGCCACAGUGUCCGAAAGGCUUUCUGCGAGGGAGCUUCUAGAUGACCCUUUUCUUCAAAUUGAUGAUUACGAAUAUGAUUUGAGACAGGUAAUCAGUGGAGAAUUGAAUGACUUCGGUCCCCUCAUCAGACAACCGCUUUAUGAUCUUCAUCGAAGCUAUAGUAAUUUCAGUUACGAAUACUCGAAUGGUGGCUUUGGGUAUGAAGGAGACUGGUAUUCUCAUCCAGCUGAUAAUGAACAGUGUGGAAUUGAACUUUUUGAGCACCAUGAUGAUGAACCCUCUGAACAUGUUGACAUAAGUAUCAAGGGCAAGAAGAAAGAUGACGGUGGUAUCUUUUUGAGAAUAAACAUUUCUGAUAAAGAAGGCCGCGUUCGUAAUAUUUCUUUCCCAUUUGACAUAGAGAUGGACACAGCAAUAAGUGUAGCAACUGAGAUGGUUGCAGAACUUGACAUUACUGAUCAAGAUGUUACCAGCAUAGCAGAAAUGAUCGAUGGAGAAAUCGCUUCCUUGGUACCUGAAUGGAGAACAGGACCAGGAAUCGUCGAAACUCCUCGUUUUUCAAGUCAAGGUUUCUGUCGCAAUUGCGUGUCUAAUCAUACUUCUAGUGGCUCCCUUUUGGAUUUUCUUUCACAUAAUCAGAGUAACUUGCAACUUCCCGAGUGUUGUAGGCAUGGAUGCGCUUCAAUGCAUGGGCGGUUUGAAGAGAUUACCUUCCAAUCUGAGGAAUAUGACAAUCAUAUUCGAGAGAUUCCGAACAUUUCAAACCAAUCAGACCACUUGCUUUAUCAAAGGCAAUGGAAUCAGCAUGAAAGUCGAGAACUGAGUCCGGUAGAUUCAGAUCAAAGUCAUUCUGAUGAACAAAAUGAACAAUUAGAUAAAUCAGUAUUAGCUGAAGAUAAAGCACAUGAUGUUUGGGAAAAUAAGUUUCCCCACAAUGCAACAAUUUCGCCAAAAAAUUCAUCUGGAACCCAUGAUUUUUCCGCCAUUCGUUCGUUAUAUUGCGGUCUUGACGAUGAUUAUGAGAAAGAUAUCCAAAAGGAACUGAGAUGGUUGAAAGCAAGGUACCAAAUGGAGUUAAGGGAACUUAAGGAUCAACAGCUUGGGCUAACAACUAAAUCUUCUCGUAGCGGUAAUGGAAAGCACAAAACAAAUUACGUGGUUAUGUCAUCUUCAUCGACAGAAAGAUUCAAAGGAGGCAACAAUGACAUUCACUCGAAACAUGUUACUAAUAACUUGAGUUAUGAUUUCGGUCAUGUUCAUAAAAGCAGCCCCAUUUCGGACACCCAAAGGGACGAAAAUUGUGAGGCGGCGGAAUCCCUCGGAGAAGGUAUGGUUACUGCAAAGAGUUUUUACAGUGGCUCCUUGCUUCCACACUCUCUGCACAGGACAGUUUCCCUCCCUGUUGAUGCUUUUGAUGUAUAAUUUUCUGAGGCACUUAUUGAAUUCUUUUGUAGAUUAUAUAUACAAUAUUUACAUUGAGGUAUCUGAUUUCAAUUUAUCCACAUGGAUAUCAGUGCCUAAUAGUUAUGAUCUGUUUCCCCUCAAAGGCAUCAUGAAAUACAUUGCAGUGUUAUUUAUUUAGGCUGUGAAAAGGAUAUUGGUUGA